UCAGAGUGUUGUUAUUCACCGAUCCGAAGAAGUUAUACUCUUUUAUGUUAGCCGCCAAUUUUAGAACCUUCAAAUCAAGUAACCAAGUCUCAAGCCACCACCACCUUCAUCAACUGAAUCAUCAAUGCACCUUGAUUUACAUUCAUGUGCCCGUUUACUACAAUCCUGCAACACCCACCAUUGUAUUCGACAAGGGAGACAACUCCACCUCCUAUUUCUCAAAAGGGGUGUCCUAGAUUCUGUCGUUACAAUCGGAAACCGCCUCCUACAAAUGUAUGCGAGGUGUGGCAACAUGAGCGAUGCACUGAAACUGUUUGAUGAUAUGACCCAAAGAAAUAGUUUUACUUGGAACACGAUGAUUGAAGGUUACAUGAAAUCCGGAAACAAGGACGUGUCUUUGGAGUUAUUCAAUUUCAUGCCGCACAAGAAUGAAUUCUCGUGGAAUGUAGUCAUUUCGGGGUUCUCGAAGGCCGGUGAGUUGGAGGUUGCUCGGGGCUUGUUCAAUGAGAUGCCGAGGAAAAAUGGGAUUGCAUGGAAUUCAAUUAUUCAUGGGUAUGCGAGCAAUGGGCAUCCAAGAGAAGCUGUGAGGCUGUUUAAGAGUUUGAAUUUUGAUCCGUAUGAAUUAUCUUGUGCAGAUACAUUUGUAUUGGCGACAGUUGCUGGUGCUUGUGCUGAUUUGGGGGCUCUUGAUUGGGGGAAGCAAAUUCAUGGUCGCAUCAUUACUGUUGAAGUGGGAUUUGACUCGGUCUUGGGAAGUUCACUUGUUAACAUGUAUGGUAAAUGCGGUGAUCUGGAUAGUGCUAACCAUGUGUUAAAUAUGAUGCAAGAACCAGAUGACUUCUCUUUAUCAGCCUUGAUAUCAGGAUAUGCAAAUUGUGGCAGAAUGAGUGAUGCAAGAAGAAUUUUUGAUUUUGUAAGUAAUCCAUGUGUUGUGUUAUGGAACUCCAUAAUUUCCAGUUACACUGCCAAUGACGGAGCAAAUGAGGCAUUACUUUUGUUCAAUAAGAUGCAGAAAAAUGGAGUUCCGGCAGAUGCUUCAACUUUUGCCAGUGUCUUUAGCGCCUGCACUAGCUUAGGGAUUUUUGAGAAUGUUAAGAAAAUGCAUGCUUUUACUUUUAAAGUUGGGGUUUUUGAUGACCUCAUUGUUGCUAGUGCUCUUGUUGAUACAUAUUCCAAGUGUGAAAGCCCUUAUGAGGCUUGCAAAUUAUUUGACGAGCUUGAAGUGUAUGACACAGUUUUGCUCAAUUGUAUGAUCACUGUGUACUCUAAUUGUGGUAGAAUUGAAGAUGCGAAAAGGAUCUUUGAGACUAUGCCAACUAAAAGCUUGAUCUCUUGGAAUUCAAUGAUAGUUGGUUUCAGUCAAAAUGGUUGUCCAAUUGAUGCACUAGAUAUUUUCUGCAAGAUGAACAAGACAGGAUUGGGCAUGGACAAAUUUGGCCUGGCCAGUGUGAUCAGUGCUUGUGCUAGCAUUUCUUCACUUGAACUUGGCGAACAGGUAUUUGCUCGAGCCAUUGGCAUCGGCCUGGAACUUGAUCAGAUCAUUUGUACCUCUCUUAUUGAUUUUUACUGUAAGUGUGGAUUUGUUCAUAAUGGACGCAAACUGUUUGACCAAAUGAUAAAAUCUGAUGAAGUUUCGUGGAAUUCUAUGUUAAUGGGCUAUGCUACAAAUGGUUUUGGUUUUGAAGCACUAAGUCUGUUCAAUGAAAUGAUUUCUGCUGGUGUUGGUCCUACUGGUAUCACAUUUACAGGGGUUUUAUCAGCCUGUGACCAUUGUGGACUGGUUGAAGAGGGAAAGAAAUGG